UUUUUUUGCACAUGGCUGUCCAGUUUUUCCCAGCACCAUUUAUUGAAGAGAUUUUCCUUUCUCCAUUGUAUGUUCUUGGCUCUGUUGUCGAAAAUUAACUGUCUAUAGAGUCGCAUUUUAGUUUUGAGGUCUACAUUAAAGGUGUUGUGUUGCUAUUUGGAACUGCCAGGCUCUGAACCCCGUUUUGCAAUUUUUCAUUUCCGAGUAUACUUGGAACCUCCUAGAAAGGAAGAGGCCCAGGCUUCUUUCCCCCAAAGUGGCGUGACUUGGUAGAAUAGAGGGGAAAGAGUGUGGGUAGGCUUGAGCUAAGAAUUUGGGGCCUGGAGUAAGAUGGUGUUGGGCAUGAAUCCAGCCCUCCUGUUUCCUCCCUGGGUGACCUGGGAAGGUGAGUCCAUCACGUGAGCUACCAUUUCUACAACAGUAGGAUGAACGUCGGAGGCAGCGCCUACCUUGGGACUGUGGGAAGAGUCCAGGGAUCAUUCUAAGAGAUAAUGCCAGUAAUCCACUUGCACAGUGCAGGGACUGUGGAAAGUGACUGAUAAAUUCCUUCAGUGAAUUGUUAUCGAGCAUCUGCAUUGAGCAGUGCACUGCAUCAGCUACUGUGCAGAUACAGAUGUGGGCAAGACACAGCUUGGGAGCCCACAAAGGGCUUAAAACUAAGAGGGAUGGAGGAGAAAGAUGUCCACGAGAUCCAAGCAGAGGCAGGCCACAGCCUUCCUCGAAGACACCCAAGGUCCCCAAGAUUUACACCAAAACAGGAGACAAAGGGUUUUCGAGCACCUUCACUGGAGAAAGGAGACCCAAAGACGACCAAGUGUUUGAAGCCGUGGGAACUACAGAUGAAUUAAGUUCAGCCAUUGGGUUUGCUAUGGAGCUAAUCGCAGAAAAGGGACACCCGUUUGCUGAAGAGCUUCAGAAAAUCCAGUGCUCUCUGCAGGACAUCGGCUCUGCCCUGGCGACACCACGCUCCUCGGCCCGAGAGGCUCACUUAAGACACACGGCGUUCGAGGCAGGGCCCAUCCUGGAGCUGGAGCAGUGGAUCGACAAGUACUCCAGCCAGCUGCCGCCCCUCACAGAGUUCAUCCUGCCCUCGGGAGGCAAGAGCAGCUCGGCGCUGCAUCUCUGUCGGGCCGUGUGCCGCCGAGCUGAGAGACGCGUGGUGCCUCUCGUGCAGAUGGGUGAGACGGACGCAAACGUGGCCAAGUUCUUAAACAGACUCAGCGACUACCUCUUCACGUUAGCCAGAUAUGUGGCCAUGAAGGAGGGGAACCAAGAGAAAAUAUACAAGAAAAACGAGCCUUCGGACAGAGACUGAGGCCCUCGGCAGUGAUGGAGAGGGGAGCUCUGUAGACCCUUCCAUGGUGGCGUCAGAGAAGAGAAGAGGCUGCCCCUGGUGUCCUGAUCCCUGGCUACCUCACCCAGAGAGGCUGGAAGCCAGGCUUCUGUCCGGCCUCAGCUGCCCCUCAGACCUCUCCCUGCCCGCACGGAGCUGUGGCUGUGUCAGAGUUCUGCCUGACUCCCGUGGUCUUAGAGGAAGUGGGCAUGACUUCAGUGUUGCAGAAAAGAAGGGUGAAGUGAUUGUUGCCACGUAGAGAAAAGAAUAAAAGUGGGAAAGGCUUGA